GUCCAUUUGACUGCACGUUCUGAUUCCAGCCAGUGGGUGUCGCUGUGUCGCACGACGAUCCCAGUGGAUCCAGUGGACGGGAUCGCGCUGUUGUGGCAGUCAGAUACACACACGCGCGCGCACACCAGCAAAAGCUUUCACUGUCUGUCCAGCGUGUUCAUGUGAACGGAUUGUUGCGCUUUUCCCUGGAUCUAGAAAACCACACGGGCUCGAUACAUCACAAUGCGUGGCUGAGGAGAACCAUUCAGGAUUCUGGUUUAAAAUUCCCCGUUUUCCUCCCUUGACCGCGCAAACUGAGGAUCCGGCCAGCGCGGCGAUCAUGUCGGGGAAAAUAGAAAGCAAGCACGAGUCUCAGAAGUCUCACCUCUCCUCUUUCACUAUGAAACUCAUGAAAUUUCAUUCUCCGAAAAAUAAACGAACUCCAUCAAAGAAAGGCAAACAGCCACCGCCAGAGCUCAUCGUAACAACACCAGAGAAACCCGUCAACAAGAAGGUGAGCCGAUUGGAGGAACAGGAGAAAGAGGUGGUGAGCGCUCUGCGGUAUUUCAAGACGAUCGUGGACAAGAUGAGCGUGGACACCAAAGUUUUACAGAUGCUUCCCGGAUCAGCCAGUAAAGUCCUGGAGGCCAUACUGCCGCUGAUGCAGGGAGAAGCUCGGGUUCAACACAGCUCGGUGUUGUCUUCCUGUCAUAACCGUGUGUGUCAGAGUUUGGCUAAUCUCAUUCGCUGGUCGGAUCAGGUGAUGCUGGAAGGUAUCGACCUUGACGACAAGGAAACUGUGACAACCGUUACCACGGUGAUCAAAGCUGUGCUGGAUGGUGUUAAGGAGCUGGUGAAACUCACUAUAGAGAAACAAGAGCAACCAUCCCCGACGUCCCCUAGCAAACCAGCGCCCCCUGUGACCAUAACAGACAGUGUUUGUGAAAAUCCCUUAACCGAACGAGAGAAGGCAAUCCUGAGUAAGACCACGCCCAUAGUCACGCCCACAGACAGCUUGACUGACAUGUCAGAGGAGGAGGUGGCUCCGCCCAAGCCACCUCUACCAGGGCAGAAACUGGCAGAACACAGGACCAGGAUGCAGAUGUGCACCGAUCCUGUUGCCGGGCAGCGGAGAGCCACAGCGAUGGAAAUCCCGCCCGCUCUGCCACCGAAGAGGCGACAGUCUGCCGCCUCACCCACUCGUGUUGCCGUGGUAGCGCCAAUGAGUCGAAUCCCACGUGGUAACAGUCUGACUCCUGGAUCUCGCCGACAGCAGCAGGAGUUUGAUGUCGAUCUUCUCCAGAGACGUUUCUCCGGUGGCAGUCAGUCGUACGGAGGAGAUUCUCCUCGUCUCUCUCCCUGUAACAGUAUGGGAAAACUGAGCAAGUCAGACGAACAGCUUUCUUCUCUGGAGCGAGACAGCGGGCAGUGUUCGCGAAACACUAGCUGUGAAACACUCGAGGGAUACGAUCCCGAUUACGACUUCCUGAAUCAGGAUCUGUCCGUUUCCGAUCCCUUACCGUUUCCCACGGGUCCAUGCAGCAGUCUGAGCCCCCUCCCAGAAUGCUACGGAGAAUCCCAGUCGCUAAGCCCCGGCCAAUGCCCAACCCAUCCCCGGUUUAGUGCUCCCGUGACCAGUCAUUCUUCCCUGGACUACUGUACUCCGCCCCUCACGCCAGGACCCAACAAUAGCACGCUCCCCCCCGCCCUCCCGCAGAAAAAGCGCAGAUCUGUGCCAAUCAUAUCGCCCUAUCCUCUGUACGAGCGCCUUCCUUCACACUACGACAACCUAUCGGAAGAGGAUCAGUCGACGCCGCCCUUCCCCGUGUUGACGCCGGUCUCCCCCUUACCGCAGGUCAACGGCAGGGACGACCUCUCGCAGGGUACCGACCCCGAGAGCCCACCACCAUUACCAGAGAAGAAGGGCAAACAAAUCCUGCAGUACAUGCAGUUUGUUGAGGAUUACUCCGAACCACAGCCGUCUGUGUUUUAUCAGAUGCCUCAGAACGAGAGUAUUUACGAGCAGCGGAGGAAUAAGCGAUUUCAGGAGGUUUACGGCUCAAAUGAUUCUUACAGCAGUUCGGAUUCUGUUCACGAGCCCGUGCCACCGCCCGCCCUGCCGCCCAAACAGAGACAGCUGGCUUCCCACACCUCUCCUUCUUCUUUAUCAUCAUCAUCAUCAGCUUCUUUUUCUCCCCUUCCCCUUCCUGUUGGCCUUCAGGAGGAGGCGGAGCCUGCUCUUGGUCUCAGCCUAUCAGUUUCUAAUUCUUUCCUCAGUGGCCACACCUCUUUGACCACACCUGUGAGUUCUGACCUGGUUGGCUUGACCAAUGCCAGCAGAGCUCUUGAUGGUGGUGGUGUCUCUAACGGGUCCUUGACCAGUUCUCUGGUUUCUCUGGCCGUCUGUCUUCCUUCCGAGUCGUCUCUCUCUGACUCUCUUCUUACCUCGGCGAGUGAAAGUGUUGAUGAAUGUGGAGAAGGGGAGUACGUGAACCUAUACGCAUCCACGCAGGCAAACGGUGACAACACGCAUCAAACUGACACCUUAACAUGUGAUGAUGGGCUUCAUGACCACGCCCCUCACAUACCCUCAUCCAAUAGCAAAGAGGCGUUGUCUAAGGACAGAUUGAAGGAAUCCAGUCAUGGACAGAUCAUAGAGGAUAUUGAUGAACUGUCUCUCAUUGAUCACAGCGAGAUUAUGAGCCUAAUAACACUCAAAGCAGAGAAUGAUGACGGUCCAGAUGUAAGAGCCGGAUCUGGUGAUAUACUUUUAGUUCACGCUACAGAAACGGAUCGCAAAGAUUUGGUGUUGUACUGUGAGGCUUUUCUCACCACAUACCGAACCUUCAUAUCACCUGAGGACCUCAUCAAAAAAUUACACUACAGGUAUACUCGAUUCUGUCACAGUCCAGACACCUUUAAGAAACGUGUCAGUAAAAACACAUUCUUCGUGCUGGUGAGAGUUGUGGAUGAACUCUGUCUGGUGGAGUUGACCGAGGACAUUCUCAGACAGUUGAUGGAUCUGGUGUUUCGUCUGGUCUGUAACGGAGAACUGAGUCUGGCCCGGGUUCUGCGGAAGAACAUUCUGGAUAAAGUGGAACAGAAGAAACUCCUGCGACACAUACACGCGCUCAAACCUCUCGCCGCACGAGGCGUCUCAGCCAGGCCCGGCACGCUGCAUGAUUUCCGCAGUCAUGAGGUCGCUGAUCAGCUGACACUGCUGGACGCAGAACUUUUCUAUAAAAUUGAGAUUCCUGAGGUGUUGCUUUGGGCAAAGGAACAGAAUGAAGAAAAGAGUCCAAAUCUGACCCAGUUCACCGAGCACUUUAACAACAUGAGCUACUGGGUGCGCUCUAUCAUUAUUCAACAGGAGAAAGCUCAAGACAGAGAGAAACUGCUGCUCAAAUUCAUUAAGAUCAUGAAGCACCUGCGGAAACUAAACAACUUCAACUCUUAUUUGGCGAUUCUCUCUGCGCUGGACUCUGCACCAAUCAGACGGCUGGAAUGGCAGAAACAAACAUCUGAGGGCUUGGAAGAGUACUGCACUUUGAUUGACAGCUCCUCAUCUUUCCGGGCGUACAGAGCAGCGCUAGCUGAAGUUGAACCUCCGUGUAUUCCCUACCUGGGAUUGAUUUUACAAGACCUGACGUUUGUUCACCUUGGAAACCCGGAUUUUAUUGACGGGAAAGUGAAUUUCUCCAAGCGCUGGCAACAGUUUAACAUUCUGGACAGCAUGAGACGCUUCCAGCAAGUACACUACGAACUGAAACGGAACGAAGACAUCGUCUGUUUCUUCAACGACUUUAGCGAUCACCUUGCGGAGGAGGCGUUAUGGGAACUUUCGCUUAAGAUCAAACCACGAAACAUCUCCCGGCGCAGAACCGAACGAGAGGAGAAGACCUAGAACCUCAUAUCGUUAACCUCAGUGACAAUUUAUGGUGAGACCCGAACCACCUGCAGAACCUUGGGAACCCAUGCUAGCUCUUUUCUGAUUAUGAAACUGACUGAACCAGUAAUGGCUCCGAUUUGCACCGAUAAACUGCAAGACCCAGCAGUAUUUUUUAGCCCAGUAUAAAUAAAUAAAUAAACGCUUACAGACACACACGUACACACUAGCACACAUAAAGCGCUCAAGAGGACUCAAACGCUUAAUCCUUGUGCGCGUGCAUGUGUACUUAACACUCAAAGAGGGCUCGGUUCAUUUAAUAAUAAUAAUAAUACACUGUGCCUGUUGGAGUGAGUACAUUUUUGUUUGUCCUGUCCGGACGUUUCCAUUUGGCCUUCCAAAGGGCAGUCGCUUUUUCCGACUCGACGGCUGAGUUUAACGUCACCAGUUUCAACAUGCGUUUGUUUGGAGCUGUGCAACCUGCAAAUAACCUUCAGACCGGACGACUGGGACGUGGACGUACAACUGUGCAAUCUCUCAGAUUGAUAUGAAAUAUUCACUUAUCUGUUGAAUUAAAAUGAAUUUGACAGAUAGUGAGUAAUGGACUGUAUGGAAUAUAAUAAUUAAAAAAAGAUGGAUGAGAUUCAGACUGGCAUUACUAUUGUUUUGUGUGUGUGACCAUGUGCGACACUCAUAACUGUUUACUGUCACUGUGCCCUGUCUGUGUAAAUCCCCAGAACUUGUCUGGGUCAUAUUUUACCCUAAAAUAUAAAAUAAACAAAUAUUUUUCUAGCAGUAAGAUUUAUUUAAUUAUGACUGUAAUGUCAAACACAUUUUCCCCCUUACAAUAACAUAUUGUAAUGUAAAAAUCGUAUGUAUGUUACUAUAAUGCAAAAAGAGAGAUUUAUUUAAAUGUGCAUUAUAAAUAAGAGAAUACACUGCAAAAAAUGAUUUUCAAGAAAAAAAUGUCUUAGUAUUUUUGUCUUGUUUUCAGUAAAAAUAUCUAAAAAUUCUUAAAUUAAGAAGCUUUUUCUUGAUGACCAAAACGACACAAGAAAAUAAGUCUAGUUUUUAGACCAAAAAUGUCAAAUGUAAGUAAUUUUGUGCAUAAAACAAGCAAAGAAAUCUGCAGCAAAAAAUCUUGAACAUUUUUUUUAAACACUAAAUUCAAGAACAAUUUGUUUACCCCAUUGGCAGAUUUUUUGCUUGUUUUAUGCACAAAAUCACUUAAAUUUGAUAUUUUUGGUCUAAAAACUAGACUUAUUUUCUGGGGUCAUUUUGCUCAUCAAGAAAAAGCAUCUUUAUUUAAGAAUUUUUAGAUAUUUUUACUGAAAACAAGACAAAAAUACUGAGAAACCUUUCUAACUUUGUCUUGGUUUCAGUAGAAAUAUAAAAAAAAAAUCAAGAUAUAUUUUCUUGAUGAGCAAAAUGACCUAAGAAAAUAAGUAAAUUUUUAAGACAAAAAAUAUACAAUUUAAGUUCUUAAAACAAGCAAAAAUAUCUGCCAAUGGGGAACUUGAAAUAAGAUUUCUUUUUCCUUAAAUACUUAAUUCAAGCAAAAUUUUCUCACCCAAUUGGCAGAAAUUUUUGCUUGUUUUAGGCACAAAUUCGCUAAAAUUUUGUAUUUUUGGUCUAAAAACUUGACUUAUUUUUUAGUUAAUUUUGCUCAUCAAGAAAAUGCAUCUUAAUUUAAGAAUAUUUAGAUAUUUUUACAAAAAUACUAAGUACACUGCAAAAAGAUUUUCAAGAAAACAUUUUCUUAGUAUUUUUGUCUUGUUUUCAGUAGAAAUAUCUAAAAAUUCUUAAAUUAAGAUGCUUUUUCUUGAUGACGAAAACAACCUAAGAAAAUAAGUCUAGUUUUUAGACAAAAAAUAUCAAAUUUAAGUGAUUUUGUGCAUAAAACAAGCAAAAAAUCUGCCAAAGGGGUAAGCUAAAUUUUUUGAUUUUUUCUUGAAUUUAGUGUUAUUUUUUUGCUUGUUUUAUGCACAAAAUCACUUAAAAUUGAUAUUUUUGGUCUAAAAACUAGACUUAUUUUCUUGGGUCGUUUUGCUCAUCAAGAAAAAGCAUCUAAAUGUAAGAAUUUUUAGAUAUUUCUACUGAAAACGACAAAAAUACUAAGAAUUUUUUUCUUGAUGACCAUUUUUUGCAGUGUAAGAAAGUACUUUUUUGCUGUGCAGUGUCCGAUCUAAUGAAUGAUCUUCAAAUUAGGCUGUUAUGAAUGAAAUAGGAUAGGGUUCAAAUGUUAAACAUUUUUUAGGGCGAAUAUAAGAUAUUUUGUGGUGAAAUAUGACCUGGACAUGAGUUCGAUGUUUUCCCGCAGCCGAUUAUAAUGUCAAUGCCCGGAGCUCAGUGUGUAUGUUUCAUGUUUAUUUGGGAUGUGUAUGAUAUGUACUGUAUAAAUGUAUGUAUAGAAGUUAUGUAUAAUCUCUGAUCAUAUAGAGGGCAGUUAUGAGGAAAUAUAUUUUCAAACCAAAUAAAUCAUGCACUAAAAUAUCUAACAUAAUAAAGCAAAAAACACAAGGACUGAAUAUGCUGUGAUCUCAGAGAGAGAGAGAGAAAGUUUGUGUGUUUUCUACUGGGAGUUGGAAAGCAAAGUUUGUUUUCUUCAAUGUGCGCGUGUGUUUGUGUGUGAUGUUGAUGUUUAUCAUCUCUUGGGAUUUUUUUUCCUGUUACACCUAUAAUGUCCUGUAUAUUCAACCUCCAAUAAAACUGCUCUCUUUGUAA